AUGCUCAUCCCAAACGCCAAAAAGGAAAUACUGCAUACAUCAGCAAGAAACCAAAUUGGUAAUGAAUCAAGAAUAUCAGAUCUUCCUGUUUUACCCAUAGUUGGAAUUGGGGGUGUUGGAAAGACCACUCUGGCUCAACAUAUAUGUAGUCAUAAACAAGUGGAGUCUCAUUUUGACAUAAUAAUUUGGGUUUGCGUCUCAGAUGACUUUGACGUGAAGAGGUUAACUAAAGAGGUCAUACAGUCUUGUCCUGAAAAAUAUGCAACAACUGAAAAUUUGAAUUUGCUUCAGAAGAACUUUUCUGAGAUUGCAAGAACUAAAAAGUUAUUGAUUGUUCUGGAUGAUAUGUGGGAUGAUGUUUUGAAGGAAAAUGGGCAGUGCUGGAACAGGUUUUGUGCACCUUUAAAGAAUGUACUACCGGGAAGUAUGAUGUUGGUCACUACUAGAAGUCCACAGGUUGCUGACAGAGUGGGCACGAUGGAUCGCAUUACAUUGGAAGGUUUAAAGGAUGAUGUUUUUUGGAAUUUUUUCAAAUUAUGUGUUUUUGAAUCUGGGAGUUCCAAUAAUAAUAAUUUGGAAAGCAUUGGUAGAAGGAUAGUUCCUAAGUUGAAGGGUUCUCCUUUAGCCGCCAAAACUCUUGGACGAAUAUUAAGAAUGAACCUUCAAGUAGUACAUUGGAAUGAUGUACUAGAGAGUGAAUUGUGGAAGUUGAGCCAGGAAGAGACUGAAAUCUUGCCAGCCCUUCGGUUGAGCUACAUGUAUUUACCAUUUCAUUUGAAGAGGUGCUUCUCAUUUUGUGCAGUGUAUCCCAAAGAUUACAAAUUUCGGAAGGACCAUUUAGCUGAAAUUUGGGUGGCAGAAGGCUUUGUUGAACCUCGUGGUGAUACUCCACUUCAAGAUAUUGGAUGUGAAUACUUCAAUGACCUUUUAAAUCGGUCCUUCUUUCAAGAAGUACAAGGUGGAUACUUAAUUCAUGACUUGCUGCAUGACAUGGCACAGAAAGUUUCAGAGCAUGAGUGCUUCAUCAUGAAAAGAAAGAGUGACUUUUAA